AUGGCGCCAAGGAAGAUGGACUCUGUGGUGCCGCCCCUCUCCGAGUUCCCCAGCCCCACCGCCGCCCGCACCAGGAUGGCGGUGCCGGCGUACGAGAUCAUGUUCGGCAAGCUCCAGCUUCGCAGCCUGUUCGACGACUACUUCCAUCAGCCAGGCAGCGUCAACGCCGGCAUCAUCUUGAAGACGCCGGAGGAUCCUACUGUUCAACUCAGCGCCGCCAUGUCUCCAGCUGGUGGAGAGGCCAUGUUUCGGUGGCAAAGGGAUUUGGAUAAUCCCAACACAUAUGUGGACCUGCUCGCGUCAACCGCAAAACCUAUGUUGCAGGUGAAAUCAUGUGCUUACUAUCCAAAGUAUGGCAUUGGCGCUUUCGGAACAUUCCCUUUGCUUAUGGCAAACAGGGGGCAGGGUAAAGAAGAUUACGGUAUCAUGGGUGUAAGAUAUGGUUCGAAGAAUCUGUCGGUUGGAGCAUCCUUCCUGCCAUUUGCUGUAUCUGGUGAGGUACCCUAUGGUGCAUGGCUGGUUACGAGGAAAGGAAGAUUAAGUGCAGGGGUACAUUACAAGCCACUUGCAGGUGAAAGCGAGAACACUGCACCUUUUAAUGACUUGAAAAACUGGAACUGUGCAAUCAGUUAUGGCACAGGGUCAACUAGCCUACUCAGCCCUUCAUACAUUUUUGCUCUAGAGCUUCUUCGAAGUACACAGCUGGUUGCAUCAUUCUAUAGGCGCCAUGUUAUCGACACAAAGGGGAGCCUUUCCCCCAGUGAAACUUUAAAAAAUCAAAAAACUCUGACACUCCUCAUACUUCAGUUUGACUUCUGCUUUGCGAAGGUUCAGUUGAGUCUUUCAGUUCCAUUGAAAUACCAUGUCAAUUUGUUAAACAUAGGCUAA